UGCAAAACUCGGCACAGCCCCACCCGAAAUAGAAAAUCACAAUAACAUGUCUGUUUAAUAUCUAUGCGUUGCUAGGCCACACACCCUUAGAUGUAAUUCGCCUGGGCUUGUGGAGAACGGCUGUUAAGUUUUAGCUGCUAACGUUAAGUGAAGUUUCAGUUCGUAUUCGUGUGUGUCUAUAACAACAACUUCAUAGUAGCUAGCAGGUGCCCAUCUCAAUCAGAGUUAUUGUUCACUGUGUGUGGCUAUAGUCCAACAUCCGAUGGCAGCACAACCCUUGACAGAGUGGAGCAGUGGUCUCUUUGACUGCUUUGAAGAUGUGGCGACUUGUUGCUAUGGUUUCUGGUGCUGCCCUUGCCUUGCCAUCACAGUUUCAGAAAGAUUUGGAGAGAGCCGUUGUCUCCCAUUAUGUGACAUAUGCACCCCCGCCAUUACUACAUGUUGUGGGAUGCCUCUGUUAGUGCCUCCUGCUGUCCUGUCUCUAAGGGCUGCCAUGCGAAACAGAUAUGGUAUCAAGGGUUCUAUCUGUAAGGACAUUGCAGCUGCCUGUUUCUGCGAUACGUGCGUCUGGUGUCAGAUGCAUCGUGAGUUAAAACAUCGCAAACAAACUCCCACUGUCAUCGUCAUGCAAAAUCAAGUCAAUGUCCAAAUGCAGCCUGCUCCAGCGAUGAUGAUUCCUGGAUACCCGCCCCAAGCUGGUUUUGUGAACCAACCAGGAGUCUUUGUGAUGUCAUCCUGAGCUCUGUGGCUUCUUGUUUGUGUGUUGUUGUCUUCUGAAGGAAAUAUUAUGCAGCUCAGA